AAUCUGCUUUUUACUCAUUCGGAUAAGACGGUCCGUCGCUCGCGCACGCUCACAUCGCGAGCAUACGCACAUAAUGGCAUUCGUAAAAUAUUUAUUCAUUUUAUUGUUUAUAAAUUCAGUUCUACAAUUCACUUAUGGACAACCGCAAAUUAAACAUUUUAGAGAUGAUUACAAAUAUUUGGAGGGUACGAGCAGUUUUUACAAAAUACACACAAUACAAAAGACGUGGGAGCAAGCAAAGAAGAGAUGCGCUCUAGAAGGUGCAACACUCUUCUAUCCUGAAGACCAAAACGAGGUGGAUGUAGUGCUCGCUCAUUUGAAAGAGACACAACCUAUGUACGCAUGGAUAUUCGUUGGAAUAUCAUCGAAACUUGCAAAAGGAGUCUUCACAACUGUAGACGGAGUCGCAAUUCGGCAUAUUUACAACAGAUGGGGUCACGGGGAGCCAAAUGAUGCCAACGGUGAAGAGGACUGCGUGAUAUUGAGAAAAGAGGGUACUUAUAAUGACGAGAAAUGCUCCAACAAGUUUCCGUUUAUUUGCAAAAAGACUCUGCAAUCAUUGAAAUGGAACGAAGAGUGCAACACACCUUAUUUAGAUUACAAAUACAAUGUGGAUCUGGGCAGAUGCUACAAAUUCCAUUUGCACCCGUUGACGUGGCGAGAGGCGGUGGAGGCGUGCGACGCAGAGCAGGCGUACUUAGCCAUUAUCAACUCGCAACAGGAGGCAUCUCACCUCGUCAACAUCACUGCCAGCGCGCCUAAGGACAAAGUACAAGGCUGGUACUUACGGGGCGCCGUGCAUUUGGGCUUCAACUAUGAUACUACUGAAGAAGAUUGGAGGACAACCACAGGCGAGACAUUGGAGCAGGCGGGGUACGCGAUGUGGGGCAACUACCAGCCUGACGGCGGCGAAAGCGAACGCUGCGGCUCCAUGUUCUACAACGGACACCUGAACGAUAUAGGUUGCGAAGGACACAGAUGCUUCUUCAUAUGCGAAAAAGAAAAUGAACUUCUCAGCUUGUUUGAUGAUAGAUUUGGAAUAUAAUAACAAAUUUUAUUUUAGUCACACGAAAAAUUCAGCACCAAAAGAUGAUUUUACAAGCGUUCGGUCUUUUUGACUUGUAAAGUUUUAACGUAGGUACUUUUUAAGACUUGAUAUAUUAAUACUCAGAAUGUUAUACGAAUAAAUAUUUAAUAUACAAUUUGUACAUAUAUUUAUAUAUAUA